CGCGCACGCGCUGCUGUCCGUCGCGCACGCGCUGCUGCGGCCCGCCGGCGCGCUGGCCUCGCGCGCGCUGCCCGUGCUGCCCAUCGAGGAGGACUGCAUGCCGGCCGACGACGUCAGCGACCUGCGCGACGUCGUCGACGCGAUCAACAAGCUCUGCGACACUAUGAAGACGUCGUACGACGGGACCGACGACGGCUCCGACGACGGCCCGCUCGAGUCGACCGAGGUGACCGUCGUCGAGAGCUGGGCCGAGCCCGCGGCUGUCGUUCCGGAACCCCCGGCUAUCGAUCCGGAACCCUCGGCGAUGGAGCUCGAGGCUUUUGAUACACGAUCGGUAUAUUUCGACCCUGAACCGGCGGCAUACGAUCCGGAACCCGUGCUGCCCGAACCCACGACUUUCGAUCUGGAACCGACAGUUUUCGAUACGAAACCCGCGCCAGUCGAGCUUACGGCUUUCGACGCGGAGCCGGCAGUUUUCGAUUCAGAACCCGUGCCAGCCGAGCCGAUGAGUGAGAUGUAUUAUACCGCCUCUUCUGAGGUUUCGUUGCUGUCCGAUACGGAUAUGCAGGAUAGAGCCCAGGGCGAGGACUCGGACAGGGAAAGGGACGACAGAAAUAGUGUAAUGGCCGGCCACGUAGCGGCGAUGAGAGAACGCUUCGAGAGCAUGACUAGGACUAACACGCCGUGUCCAGAUUUAAUGCGUUCUACGUCGCCAUCUUUUGAAGUAUUCAGAAAUAUUUCGUCUUCGCCAGAUAUUGAAAAACCGUAAAAAUGUCUUAUUAUGUUUAACCGUUUCGAUCUUUGUAUUCAAUUUUUGCAAUUAAAAUUUUACUAAAUGUACAAUAAUGUAGGUUCCUAGUUAGUAUAAUCUAGGUAUUUCGAGAAAACAAGUUUCUAGUUACAGGAACAAUCCUAACAAAUUUGAUCUUAAGCUGACCAUAAUCAACCAAUAAUUAAUGAACAGGAUUUAGGAGAAUUUAGAAGGAAUUGUGCCAAUUCUGAAACUUACAAUGGUAUGGUACGUUCAAUGUUCAUUUACAAAAUAUUGAGUUGUCUAUGGUAAGCUAAGAAUCUGUUCUUAUGGUGGUAGAAAAUUUUAUACAUUUACUAUGUUGAACAAAAAACUACUUACCGUUAAAACUUACUUACUUUAAACUUCAUUGUUAACCUACAGAUUUCUUCUAAUGUGGUGCCAUAAAUCCAAUCUGGUUCUUUAGAUUAGAUAAAAAUGUAUUACCUAUAGUAUUCUUAAAAAUAUAUUCAACCAUUGCUAGUCCUUUCGUAUUACAAUAUUAUUUAUGCCCAAUGAACAUGCUAAUAGGAUGUUCAUACUUAGAAGGGUUGUGAUUUUUUUUUUAUUCACUUCGCAAACAAACGAACAGUUACAUAUCGACAAAGAUUGGUUAGCUUUAGUUAAGGUGUAGCCACGUUUUUACAGGCAAUAUUAUAGGGCUAGUAAAUGUUAAUCGUUCGUGGAAAAUGUAUUGUGUUGUAAUGUGAUCUUGGAAACGCUCAAAUUUUGUAGUUUUAUAAAUAUUAUAGGCGUAAUAACAACAUAUUGGAUUAAUAUUUUCAGACCAAAUAGUGUAUAAAUUUGGUAAAACGGCUUAGUCAAUAGAGAUUCAUUCGAGUAUGUUUACAAAUAUUUACAAAUAAACGGAGCGUUGGAAGUUGCCAUGUAUGUUGUAUCUAGAAUUUAAUGGUUUGUUGAUGAAUUAGUUGUAAUAGCAACAUUUGUUUACUUAUGAAAUUAUCUGUUGUGAUUUUUACUGGGAUGUUUAUUCAGCGGAUGUCGGUCGGAAGGUGAUACUAGUUAUUUAGAUUUAAAUAAUAAUCCUGUUACUCUAGGGUUUUGGUAUCGAUAUUUCUUCAAACAGUCUAGCGGUUAGAUGUGUAAUAUAGAUGUGUUAUGUAUACAAACGAGACUUUUUAUUACAACAAUUAAAUAUACGACACUAUUAAAGUA